CGCAUGAAGCAGGACAGAGGCGGCACGGAAGGCUUGAAGGAAACCGGUGUUGUUGACACUUCGACACGGGCUUCAAUGGCGGUUGAAGUGAAACAGGAGCUUGCACAGCUGAUGAAUUCAAGUGGAUCCCAUAAAGAUCUUGCUGCUAAAUAUCGACAGAUUUUGGAGAAAGCCAUUCAGUUUACUGAUGCAGACCAGCUGGAGUCUUUGAAGGCCUUCGUAGAAGCAAUGGUCAAUGAGAAUGUUAGUCUUGUCAUCUCAAGACAACUUCUGACUGAUUUCUGCACACAUCUGCCCAGUCUUCCUGAUGCUACAGCUAAAGCAGUCUAUCACUUCACCUUAGAAAGAAUUCAGCCUAGGGUCAUCUCCUUCGAGGAGCAGGUAGCCUCAAUCAGACAGCAUUUAGCAACCAUUUAUGAAAAAGAGGGAGACUGGAGAAAUGCUGCUCAGGUUUUGGUUGGCAUUCCUCUGGAAACAGGACAGAAGCAGUACAAUGUCGACUAUAAGUUGGAUACAUACCUGAAAAUCGCCAGACUCUACUUAGAAGAUGAUGAUCCAGUUCAGGCCGAGGCCUACAUCAACAGAGCCUCCCUGCUUCAGAAUGAGUCGUCAAAUGAACAGCUGCAGAUUCACUAUAAGGUAUGUUAUGCCCGAGUGCUUGAUUUUCGAAGAAAGUUCAUUGAAGCUGCACAAAGAUACAACGAGCUUUCAUAUAAGUCUAUUGUUCAUGAAAGUGAACGUCUGGAGGCACUGAAACAUGCCCUGAACUGCACCAUUCUAGCCUCUGCAGGACAACAGCGUUCACGUAUGUUGGCCACUCUGUUCAAGGAUGAGCGCUGUCAGCAGCUGGCUGCUUAUGGAAUUCUGGAGAAGAUGUACUUAGACCGAAUCAUCAGAGGAAACCAGCUCCAGGAGUUUGCUGCUAUGCUGAUGCCUCACCAGAAAGCCACCACAGCAGAUGGCUCCAGCAUUCUCGACAGAGCUGUGAUUGAACACAACCUUUUGUCUGCUAGUAAACUCUACAACAACAUCACGUUUGAAGAACUAGGAGCAUUGUUGGAAAUUCCUCCAGCUAAGGCUGAGAAGAUUGCUUCUCAGAUGAUCACUGAAGGGCGAAUGAAUGGCUUCAUUGAUCAAAUAGAUGGCAUCGUUCACUUUGAAACUCGUGAGCCACUUCCUACCUGGGACAAGCAGAUCCAGUCUUUAUGUUUCCAAGUCAACAACCUCCUAGAAAAGAUCCGUCAAGCAGCACCAGACUGGGCCGCACAGGCUAUGGAAUCUCAAAUGUCCCAAUAAAAACGUACUCCUCCCUCACAUCUGUUCCCCGAGCCCACCUUGAAGUUCUACCUUUAUGCUCAAAAUUACCAUAAUUGGAUUUAUGACCUUUAUAAUUAAUUAUACAGUCGCUCUUGAGUAGGUUUUUUCUACUGUUAUUCAAAAUGUAUACGUAUGAUCUAUGUCUGGGAUAAUUAUAAUCUUUGGAUGCAACUUUAGGUGUAACUAAUUCACAAAUUCAAACUGGGACGUGAUCAUUUGUAGCAGACAAAAAGUCAAAAAGAAGAUGCACACAACAGGUCUUAUUUAAGCUUUUGUAUUUCAAGCUGUUUUUGAGUUUUCACUUUAAUAAUCCUCAAUAUUUGUCAAAUGGUUCUUGAGUACCUGAUGUAAAUAUCUUGGUGCAUUUUCAGUGAAGAGAAAUAAAGUUUGAGUUGAAAGUC